UGCCUCCACACACCUGCCUGGCCAUCCCACUCGGAGCUACCUAAACAGAACCGAUGUCGGCCGGCCCCGGGCUCGCCUUGGCCAUAUUAAUAUGCACAUUAGAAAUCAGUGUCCUGAUCGCAGGGCCAAUUUCCAGUUGUGCCCUAGAGCCAGAACAAAAGGCUGACACUCCCCUGCCCAUAGACUGCAGGCUGAGCACCUGGAGCGAAUGGUCGUCAUGUGACCCCUGCCUGAAACAAAUGUUUCGCUCCAGGAGAAUCGAGGCCUUUGGACAAUUUAAUGGGAAAACAUGCGUGGCCAAUUUGGGAGACAGAAAACAUUGUGUGCCCACUGAGAACUGUGAAGACGCUGAGGAGGACUGUGGAAACGACUUUAAGUGUGAAACAGGCAGGUGCAUAAAGAGGCGACUUCUGUGCAAUGGCGAUAAUGACUGUGGAGACUAUUCGGACGAGGACAACUGUGAAGAUGACCCCCAUACACCCUGCCGCAAUAAAGAGGUGAAAGAGUCCGAGCUGGCACGGACAGCUGGCUUUGGGAUCAACAUCUUGGGGAUGGUCCCCCUAUCCACGCCUUUUGACAACGAGUUCUACAAUGGACUCUGUGACCGUGUUCGGGAUGGAAACACCUUGACCUACUACCGCAGACCCUGGAACGUGGCUACCCUGUUCUAUGAAACAAAAGCUGAUAAAAAUUUCAGAACUGAAUAUUACGAAGAACAGCUUCAAGCAGCCAAGCAUGUCUUCCAAGAGACAACAUCACAGCACGGUAUGCAUGUGUCUUUUAAAUUCAAGCCGACUGAAAAAUGGUCACCUGCUGUUGAACUUGGAUAUCCUGAAGAAGAAGAAAACUCAAAGCCUAAUGAUCCCCAAGAAGGUGUUCAAAUUUCAUUGGGAUAUAUGUAUAACAGAAGUGAAGUUUACCAACUGUUGAUGUCACAUUCUUCUCAGAAGGAAAAAAUAUUUCUGCAUGUGAAAGGAGAAGUUGAUCUGGGAAGAUUUGUGAUGAGAAGUCGGAAUACCAUGUUGACAUCAACUUUCUUGGAUGAUGUAAAAAACCUGCCAACCACCUAUGAAAAGGGGGAAUAUUUCGCAUUUUUGGAAACCUAUGGAACUCACUACAGUAGCUCUGGGUCUAUGGGAGGAUUAUAUGAACUAAUAUAUGUGUUGGAUAAAGCUUCCAUGAAGGAAAAAGAUGUUGAAUUAGAGGACGUGAAGAAGUGCCUUGGGCUUCAUUUGGAUUUGUCUGCGAAUGUUGGAGCUGAACUCGAAGUAAAGGGGUAUAAAAAUGAUUGUGUACGUAGAGGUGACGGUAAAAUUGUAAACAUCACUAAGGACGGCAUCAUCGAUAAGGUUAUUUCACUCAUCAGAGGAGGAACCAAACAAUAUGCACUUCAGCUGAAAGAGAAGCUUCUCAAAGGAGCCAAAGUGAUGGAUGUGGCUGACUUCGUAAAUUGGGCAUCUUCCUUAAGUGAUGCUCCAGUGCUCCUAAAUCAAAGGCUGUCUCCUAUAUAUAAUCUGAUUCCAUUGAAAAUGAAAGAUGCAUACCAAAAGAAAGAAAAUUUAGAAAGAGCCAUUGAAGAUUUUGUCAAUGAAUACAGUGUAAAAAAAUGCCAGCAAUGCCAAAAUGGGGGUACUGUUCUUCUGCUGGAUGGAAAAUGUAUGUGUACUUGCCCACUCUUAUAUGAGGGAAUUGCCUGUGAAAUCAGUAAACAAAGAAGUCCUUCAGGUGAGAACAAGUUAUUUAGAAAUAGAGUUGUUGGCUUCCCUGAGAUGACAGGGAAGGAAAAAGACAAAGAACACCAGGAUUUUCUAUUUAAGAUGCUGCCCGUGGAGAUCGUCCUUGCUGCCAAAUGAAAAGCAACAAGCUUCAUGAAAAGUCUACCAUCCCUGCACUCUCAUCUCUCAGAUCCACGAUGCUUCUUUUCCUUCUUCACCUCCUAUGAUGUAUCCAUUUUUCUUUUCACCAAGGAGGAGAGUCAGCAGUGAGAUACGCCAGGAUGCUUUCUCCCACAAGCAAUGCCAAUCUCUUGCUAACAAAACAAAAUUAAAUUGAAAAGAGAAUGUUGGUUAAAAAGACUAAAGUAAUAUUGCCAAAGUGCUUUGUAGGAUUAAUAUAAUCUGCUAGAUCUACUACCACAGUCUGUGCCAUGCAGUUUCGUUUCUGUUUACUUAGUUUCACCUUUUUUGGUCCUCCGCUGUUACAUUCACACAUUCAUUCAUUCAGUAAAUCCUUACUGAGCACCUAGCACAGGCAUAGCCCUCUGCUUGUUGGUCUUAGCUCUCCAAUUUAACUCUUCUUGUCCACAGGAAAAAGUCUUGAACAGCAAUUUAUAUGAUUCAACUUAGUACCUACCUUUAUGACUUGUGUAAGAUAAAGUUACACAUAAGAAACUGCUUAAGGGAACUGGUUGUACUAUUUUAUCAUCGGCUAACGUGGGAGUUAAGGCCUGAGAUCUUUGAAAAGGUCUGAUAACUGCAAGGACCAAAGGAAGGAAGAGAGGGAGGGAGGGAGGAAAGGAGGGAAGGAAAAAAAAAAGAAAGGUUCAAAGUACCAAGGGAAAAAUGCAAAAUCUAAGUUAAUGAAUGUUUAAUUAAAUGUCAACAAUGUGUAUCAUGUUGACUCUAUUAAUUGUCAUUCUUAUUAAUAAAUAUUUCAUGCAUUUAUUAAAAAAUUUAAGCUAGUUUUUCUCACUCUGUGGAAAUUCUCAAGAAUGCACAUGAUUGCUGAGAGAUCACAAUAAAUAAACUACUUAUUGGCAAAUAAAUUAAAAAGAAAAAUUUUUUAAAAUGUCAAGUUUUUUAACAACAAAGAAAAAGGUUAUGAGAUAUGGGAUGCAUUUUAGUAUAGUAGGUUUGAUACAGAGAUGAUCCUCUAGAAAUAAAUGUGCUGGGCUGUUAGGGUAUAAAAUAACUGAGAGAGCACAGGAGAAUUCCCUGCCCUCGGACCGCUGAGUGAACCAGGAAGAAUAAGGAUGUUGAGUGCAUACAAACACUGAGCUUUGGCCCUAGGAAAUUCACUGUUGAGAGGGUUUUGAUGUAGAACAACUGGAUCAACGGGGAGUUAUGAUAGUGACUGCUAAGAACUCCUUGCACCUUUGUCAAUUGUCAAACAGCAAAACAGCUGAGCCUCAGCCAGACCCCUAAUGGUCAACUUAAUAAUUUAUCUGAGUUCCUUCUAUUGGAAAUGCAAGGAGCAGUGUAGGUUCACUAUUGGCAGCGAGAUUCUCCAACCUCCUCAAAGGUGGCAUACUUGGUAGAUCAUUUCCAGCAGGGUGCACCAUUGAGACACUAGAAACUACCCAGUAGGAAAUAGUCAAGAAGAGUCUCCAGACCUAAACUGAGGAAGAAUCACCAGAAAUUGGGAACAAUGAGGACCUCCUGGCUGCUGAGCAUGACAUGGCUCAACCUGGACUCUAGUUGGGAGAAGCAGACUCCUGAGAAGUCCUAACUUGGUGGAGUAUAAUUGCCCCCCACCCUCUCAGGUUCUCUUCCAAGGCAUACUACAAAUUCAAGGAAAGGGACAUGUGAGGCAAAGAGUCCUCCAAGGCGCUGGCCAGACAUGCAGAUCAUCACACCAAACCCCAUUCAUUAUCAAGAGAACAUAGACAUUUCGUGUUCUUUGAGCCUAAUGGAAAAAGAACCUAGGGUAUUGCUACAUGUUUCCCUUUUUGUUCUUAAAACUGAGGUUGCCUAUUUAUUCUGCAGAUCAUAUGGUAUACAGAUAACACAUAUCUGCCAACUAAUAAAUAUUUGAGUCAUGGGUCUGCAUUCUCACCCAGCUUUUCACUACUGUCUCCCCCAGGGCCAACAGCAGCUCCUGAGUUAACUUCCCAGUAGUUAUUUGUGAAAAACAACCCAUAAGGAUGGAUAAAACCAAGUCAGCUUAGUUUAUUUAAAAAGAAAAUGAUAAAAUGAUUCUCUCUCUCCUCUCUCUCUCUCUCUCUCUCUCUCUCUCUCUCUCUCACACACACACACACACACACACACACACACACACGCAUACAAAUAAUUCUUAGGACAAACAUCUACCUGCCCCACCACGCUUCCACUCCUGCCUCAUGUUUAUUGCCCACCACCAUACUAAGAGCAGUGAAAUGGUCCAAGAGGAGAGAAGGUGAACUGUUUAACAAUGGAUAAGUUACAAAACCACUAAGCCCCCAGAUAAUAAUAUCUCCUUCAUAGAAUUAUAUCAAGUCGUUAAGAUAAUGAAUACAAUCACCUUAUCACUUGAUGGACAAGCAAUAAAUGGUAACUGUUACUACGGUUGGCAUGCAAGACUAUUGGUACAAAUUCUUCCAGAUAUGACUCUAACAUUUGUGACAUGAGACAGCCAAGAUUAUAUCUGAAAAUUGAGGAAAUGGCACAUGGCAGAGUGGCUUAGUACUCUCUCUAAAUAAUUAGUUGAUUCAGUGAUCUUUGUAAGAAGAGAUAUUUUUAUGGUGCUAAAAUAUACAUAAUAUAAAAUUUACCAUUUUAUCCAUUUUUAAGUGGCAUUAAUUACUUUUUCAUUGUUGUGCAAUCAUUACCACCAUCUAUCUCAAACUAAAACUCUGUAGCAAUUAAACAUUAAUUUUCCAUUCCCUACUUUCCCAGGCCUGGUAACCACUAUUCUAUUUUCUGUCUCUAUGAAUUUGACCAUUUGAAGUACCUUAUGUAAGUAGAAUCAUGGAACAUUUGUCCUUUGAUUGUACUCACUGUAAUGUCUUUACGCAUAUAUUAGAAUUUCAUUGCUUUUUAAAGGCUGAAUAAUAUUUCAUCAUGUGAAUGGACAGCAUAUUUUGUUUAUCCCUUUCUCCAUUGAUGGACACUUGGGCUGCUUCCACCUUUUGGCUAUUGGUAAUAAUGAUGCCAAGAACAUAGUGAGCAAAUAUCUCUUUAAGUUUUGCUUUUAAUGCAAUUGACUAUAUAUCCAAAAGUGGAGUUGCUGGAUCAUAUGGUAGUAAUUCUAUGCUUAAUUUUUUGAAGAACCACCAUACUGUUUUCCACAACAGUUGCGCCAUUUUACAUUCCCACCAACAAUCCACAGGAGUCCCAAUUUUUCCACGUCCUGGACAAUGCUUGUUAUUUUUUGUUUAUUUUUUUGUUCUUCUUUGUAUAAUAGCCAUUCUAAUAACUGUUGCAUGGCACCUCAUUGUGGUUUUCAUUUAUACUUCCCUAAUGAUUAGUGCUGCUGAACAUCUUUUCAUGUGCUUAUUAGCCUUUUGUACAUUUUCUUUGGAGAAA